AUGAAAUAUAAUACAGAGUUAUUUUGUAAAAGAAGGUGUAGUUUCAAUAGUCUGUUCAUUAUCUAUCUCUGUCAGUUCGUAUCUAUCUGUCUGUUCAUACCUAUCUAUAUAUCUAUCUAUCUCAGUCUGUUAGUAUCUAUCUAUCUAUCUAUCUAUCUAUCUCAGUAUGUUCGUAUCUAUCUCAGUCUGUUCAUAUCUAUCUAUAUAUUUAUCUAUCUAUCUAUCUCAGUCUGUUCCUAUCUAUCUAUCUAUCUCAGUAUGCUUGUAUUUAUCUAUCUCAGUCUGUUCAUUAUCUAUCUAUCUAUCUAUCUAUCUAUCUAUCUCAGUCUGUUCAUUAUCUAUCUAUCUAUCUAUCUAUCUAUCUAUCUCAGUCUGUUCAUUAUCUAUCUAUCUAUCUAUCUAUCUAUCUCAGUCUGUUCAUUAUCUAUCUAUCUAUCUAUCUAUCUAUCUCAGUAUGUUCGUAUCUAUUUCAGUCUGUUCAUAUCUAUCUAUAUAUUUAUCUAUCUAUCUAUCUCAGUCUGUUCCUAUCUAUCUAUCUAUCUCAGUAUGCUUGUAUUUAUCUAUCUCAGUCUGUUCAUUAUCUAUCUAUCUAUCUAUCUAUCUAUCUAUCUCAGUCCUUUUCAUAUCUAUCUAUCUAUCUAUCUAUCUAUCUAUCUAUCUAUCUAUCUCAGUCUGUUCAUUAUCUGUCUAUUUACCUAUUCAUCUAUCUAUCUCAAUCUGUUCAUUAUCUAUCUCAGUACGUUCAUUAUCUAUCUAUCUCAGUCUGUUCAUUAUCUGUCUAUCUAUCUCAAUCUGUUCAUUAUCUAUCUAUCUAUCUAUCUCAGUCUGUUCAUUAUCUGUCUAUCUAUCUCAAUCUGUUCAUUAUCUAUCUAUCUAUCUCAGUCUGUUCAUUAUCUAUCUAUUUAUCUUUUUAUCUAUCUAUUGGUCUAUCUAUCAAUUUAUAUAUUCAAAUCUAUCUAUCUAUCUAUCUAUCUAUCUAUCUGA